UCCCCCGAUCACAAUCACUUCAACUCACAGAUCCACAUUUCCCACCGAAGCUCUACUGUUGAACACUUCCUUCUCAAACCUAUGCCAAGCAACACACUAUAUUUCCCUCUUCAGUGAACACCUAAAACUCAGCCAUCAUGUGAGGAACGCGGGCAGCUUCUCAGAUUUUAAACAUGUCAUCAUUAUGUGGCCUUUACCUCUGCAUUGCGACAGUUUUGCUCCUCGGUGUUGCGAGUCUGGCGACGGAUUCGCCACCGAUUCAAGACGCCGCUGAUCGGCCACAGAAGGCCGCCCAGUCCUCCGACAAUAAUUGCGUCAACUACAAUCUCGUCGAUGCAACGAGAAAUACAGACUACUUCUACACGUGUUGUGAAACGCUUGGUGAAGGGACAGCUAAAAUAGACGCCAAAACCAAGGUGACCAUACACAACUAUGACUGCAACCCAUCUCAUCUCACCACAACAGACUAUAAUCAACAGCAAAUGUUCCAAUGCACCGACAAGGGAAACGCUGAAAAGUGGUGUAACCAGCGAUGGGGCUGGUUAAGCACAGACGACUGUUGGGUGUGGUCAGAAUGUUUUGAAGCUGCAUGCAGACCCGGGUCGUCCGAAGGUAGCUUUUGUGGGGAUGGGCGGUGCGACGACUCCGUUGAAACUUCGAACAGUUGUCCGCUCGACUGCUGCCCCGUGGUAAAUCCAGACCAAUGCAUCAUCAAGAACAAUACAUGUUCCAGCCUGUGUUGUUCGGAAGCCACAUGUUGUGACGGGAGUGAAGCUUCUACAUCUGCAGAAGUAACAACUUUCUGGCUUAUUGUGGGUGCUGUAAUAGCUGGUGUGGUAUGCCUGCUGUACUGUUGCUGUUGUUGUUGUUGCUGCUGCUGUCGCCAUUUGUAUAAAAGCAUGUUCCACCAUUCGAAGAAAAGAAGGCAUGGGUCGUUCAUAGUAUCGGGCGCAGUUUAGGGAUAACGUGGGUAACGUGCAAUGAUUGUGGUAAUUAGGUUUGUAAAAUAAAGAUUUUUUAAAGUAGAUCUUUUUAUAUAAAAAAAGGACUAGUUCUUUAAAUGGGGGUCGUAAGUGUUGUACGGGAGCAUAUUGCGCCACAUGAAUAAACAAAUUCUCUCAUUUUGUAUACGUACACGAUCGUUUACGUACACGAUAAGAGGGAGCACAUUUAUUUAUUCAUGUGUCUGCAAUACGCUUCCGCAGUGGUGCGUUUUUUUCUACUAAAAGGAUAAUAAUAAUAUUGUUGAUUAAUUUAUACAAAUUAGUGACAAUGAAACGCUGUUCAUUUGUCCUGAAGAUCGGUAUACAAAAAAAAUAUUUACUUGGUAAUAUCAGUAAUAUAUUGUACAUACUUUGUAGAGUGAGAAAAUAUAAUUGGCUGUUAUCAUCAACCAAAAUGACUUGUGCCCAAUUUCAUAGAGCUGCUAAGCACAACAAUUUGCUUAGCAUGAAUUGUCUGGGUAAAAACAGGAUUACCAA